CCCAGACCGGUGCCUUAACCCAGACCGAAAAUUAAAAAAAAGGGCUAUAGGCUUUUCCUGAGUUUUUUUAACUCCGUCCCAUUCUUCAUCUCUCUCUGUCUCUCUCUCUAAUCGAUCCUGUCUCUGCCAACCUAGGGCAGAAGUCGAAGCCGGCUCUGCCAACCUAGAGCAGAAAUCGACGCGGCCUCCAGCCUCCAGCUUCUUCUCUCAUCCGUCAGCACCCCGCGACUUCCGUCUCUUCCUUAGUCUCUCCAUCUCAACCUCCAGAUCUAGGAAAUGUACAAUAAUGUGGGAGCCCAGCCUGGGGUGCCAAUACCGCCUGCAACUUCGCAGCCAAAUCCGUUUGGAAAUACGUUUUACGGUGCCGGUUCAGGACUUAUCCGUGGUGGAUUGGGCGCGUAUGGAGAGAAAAUUUUAGGAUCAAGUUCUGAGUAUGUACAAAGCAAUAUCAGUAGGUAUUUCUCUGAUCCUCAAUACUACUUCCAAGUGAAUGACCAGUAUGUCCGGAACAAGUUGAAGGUUGUUCUAUUUCCAUUUCUUCACAGGGGCCAUUGGACCAGAAUAACUGAACCAGUAGGAGGCAGGCUUUCUUAUAAACCCCCAAUCUAUGACAUAAAUGCACCGGACCUGUACAUUCCAUUUAUGGCGUUUGGUACCUAUGUGGUACUAGCUGGCUUCUCAUUGGGUCUUCAAGGAAAGUAAGUUUUGUGAAAUUUCUAGAUAUUACUCUAAGCAGUUUCCUCUUUUAUUCAUAUUAAUCCUGUGAUGGGAAAUCAUUAUGAUAUGAGAACGAAGAUUGCAUUUUGUCUUAACUUCUUGUUUUUUUUGCUGUUAUUUUCCUCUUAUUGCAAUUCAGUAUCCUACUAUUAGUUUGUAAUUUCUACUUUAGUCCCCCAGUUGUGGAAAAAGAGUUCUAUUUAGUACCCAAUCUAUUUGCUCCUUCUUCCUUGUCCACUUUCAACACAAUGUAUUGGUUCCUUUUGGGUAGUAUACUGUAGCCGCAUUUAGUUUUUCCCU